UCCUCCCCUUCCUCCUCGCUGUCCCAGUCGGGUUAGCAAGGCGUUCUGUGUGACUUUACAAAGCUGGAACCACGCGCGGAGAGGGUGAGUGUGUGUCUUUCGGUCUUCGUGGGAGAAAGCGUUGCUUUUUAGUGACUCGUGGGCAAGGGCAGAGUUUCGUGCACGCUCUCGAAGCCCAGCAGAAGACAAACGAAAGGGACCUGCUUCCAGCUCUGUCAACCAACACCUUGUGGAGUGGACCUUGCUACUUCCCGUACGUGCUUUCUUUGGAGGGGGCUGAUUCAAGAGGGAGCUGCAUGAAAUAAUUUGAAACCCCGAAGACCCCUUUCACUUGCCUGGGAAACAUUCCAGGGGACUGAACACCUGUGGCCAUAUACUGCGCACUCGCUGCCUGGCCCCAAGGAAAGGGCAGGCUGCAUUGACUCCAAGUCAAGUUUUGGUUGGGGUGGACCAGUGUUCCAUGGCAAGUGCUCCGUAUUGAGCCCCUAUGUGAGUCACUUUGCCAAGGAUCAGGCCUGUGGAGAGUGCCAGCGAUGGCAAGCAACAGCAGCUCCUGCUCCACACCGGGGAGUGGGCAUCUGAACAGCUACCCAGUACCUCACUACGCUUUCUUCUUUCCGCACAUGAUUGGGGGUCUGUCACCUCCGGGAGCUCUGCCAGGGAUGCAACACCAGCUGCCGGUCAGCGGGUACAGUACGCCAUCGCCAGCCACCAUUGAAACACAGAGUACCAGCUCAGAAGAGAUCGUGCCCAGCCCUCCUUCACCACCCCCACUGCCCCGAAUCUACAAGCCCUGUUUUGUGUGCCAGGACAAAUCGUCAGGCUAUCACUAUGGGGUCAGCGCCUGUGAAGGAUGCAAGGGUUUUUUCCGCCGCAGCAUUCAGAAGAACAUGGUGUACACCUGUCACCGCGACAAGAACUGCAUCAUCAACAAAGUGACGCGAAACCGUUGUCAGUACUGCCGCCUGCAGAAGUGCUUUGAAGUUGGCAUGUCCAAGGAGUCCGUCCGGAACGACAGGAACAAAAAGAAGAAAGAUGCCCCCAAGCAGGAAUGUUCAGAGAGCUACAUCAUCACGCCCGAGGUAGAGGACCUCAUCGAGAAAGUGCGCAAGGCUCACCAGGAGACCUUCCCUGCCCUCUGCCAGUUGGGCAAGUACACCACGAAUAACAGUUCGGAUCAACGGGUCUCACUUGACAUUGACCUGUGGGACAAGUUCAGUGAACUAUCUACGAAGUGCAUCAUCAAGACUGUCGAAUUUGCUAAGCAGCUGCCGGGUUUCACCACGCUCACAAUCGCCGACCAGAUCACGCUCCUCAAAGCCGCCUGCCUAGACAUCCUGAUCCUGCGGAUAUGUACGCGCUAUACCCCAGAUCAGGACACCAUGACUUUCUCAGAUGGCUUGACGCUCAACCGCACACAGAUGCACAAUGCAGGCUUUGGGCCCCUCACGGACCUAGUCUUUGCCUUUGCCAACCAGCUACUGCCGCUUGAGAUGGACGAUGCAGAAACAGGACUCCUCAGCGCCAUCUGUCUCAUAUGUGGAGAUCGACAAGACCUAGAACAGCCGGAUCGAGUGGAUAAAUUGCAGGAGCCACUAUUGGAGGCCCUGAAAAUUUAUGUGAGGAAGAGGAGGCCUAGUAAACCCCAUAUGUUUCCCAAAAUGCUGAUGAAGAUCACGGACCUGCGAAGCAUCAGCGCAAAAGGUGCUGAAAGAGUGAUCACGUUGAAAAUGGAGAUCCCUGGAUCUAUGCCACCACUCAUUCAGGAGAUGCUGGAGAACUCAGAAGGCAUGGACACUUUGGGGGCCCCAACGGGAGCCCCCUCCCGCAUAGGCAGCCUAGCCCCACCUCCAGGCAGCUGCAGCCCCAGCCUCUCACCCAGUUCCAACAGAAGCAGUCCUGCCACGCAUUCGCCAUGACCACGUUGGCCACCAAGACAAGCUGCUCAUCCUCCCUCCUGCAUACUUUGGUCUUUCGUUCCCUGGGGAUGCCUGGACAAUGUCUGAGGAGCAGGGGUGGGUGAGGGGGAAGCCGUGGGGCAGCGUGCCGCUGCAAGCAUGCUCCCCACCCUCCUGCCUCACCCUGCCCCAGGCCCCGUGAGUCGUGGUCGGGCUCCAGAGGGUGGCCUCCGUGUACUGUUCCGUACCAGCACACUAUCUUUCAUUCGACAGUUCCAGCAAAACAGGGUUCCGCUUGCAAUGCAGACCCAUUUUCCCACUGGGGAGCCACAGUUCGUAUACAGGAAGAUCUGAACUCUUUGCAGACAGAUCAACAAACAGAACUGAAGGACAGAUGCUCAAAACUAGGAGCAAGACUUUACAUAUAUAUAUAUAUAUAUAUAUAUUAAAAAAAAACACAACCGAUUACAAAACAA